AAAUCCCGGCUGAGUGUCGGAGAAACGUCCUUUAAAACAAGUUGUUACCGGUAGAUAAACCACUUCACCGAAAUUUUAACCCAUGUUCAAGACGCACAGAAGGAAAGACGAGCUAACAGGUUAUUGUGUCAAUAAUGGCUCCUGCUGCUGGUAAAAAACUUGUUGCUGCCACAUUUACUCCAUUCACCUUAGAAGGUGAAGUCAAGCUAGCAGAGAUUGUACCUUAUAUUGACUACUUGACAAAGAAGCAAGGUGUAAACAGCGUUUUUGUGAAUGGCACCACAGGUGAGAGUAUGUCUCUCACUGUUGAAGAGAGGAAGAUACUGGCUCAGGAGUGGUGUGAGAAGGCCAAGGGCAAGAUGGAGGUGAUUGUGCAUGUCGGUUGCAUGAGUCUUAAAGAUUCCCAAGAACUGGCUAAACAUGCAGCUGACAUCAAGGCUGAUGCCAUAGCAGUCAUGGCUCCAUUCUUCCUCAAGCCCAAAUCUGCAGAGGCUCUGAAGUUGUACCUGCAGGAGGUAGCUUCAGCUGCUCCACAUCUGCCCUUCUACUACUAUCAUAUUCCAGCAAUCACUGGAGUUAAAGUUCCAGCCAGAGAUGUCAUAGAAGGUAUCCAGGAGCGUAUUCCCACCUUCAGCGGUGUGAAGUUCUCUGGGACUGACCUGAUGGACUUCGGCCGGUGUGUCAGCUACAGUCCGCCUCGGUGGUCCUUACUGUACGGUGUGGAUGAGCAACUGCUGGCAGCGCUGCCUAUGGGAGCCAACGGAGCAGUUGGCAGCACUUACAACUAUUUAGGAUGCCACGUCAACAAGCUCCUGUCUGCUUUUGAGAGCCAUGACCUCGACCAAGCCAGGAAAAUACAGUUCAAGAUCCAAGAGCUUCUGAGUUUUGCCGCAAACUUUGGCUUCGAUCUUGGCGUGAACAAACAGCUGAUGAAUGACGUGUCGGGUUUGCUUCUGGGGCCGCCUCGACUCCCGGUGAUGCCAUGUCCUAAUGAUCACGCGCAGGCCAUCAAGGAGAAAUAUUUCAAGCUUUUUACUGAAUGCUGAUUUGUUCGUGCUGCAUUGUUGAACCCUAAACGUCAUGUUACAGAUGCGUCAGGUGUACGGCUACAACGGCGAGGCCACUUACCAGCAGCUUUAUGUUACUCUGCUAAACCAGCCAAUCAGAUACCAUUAAGUAGGACAUGUCAAAAAUAUAUCCUGGUGCAUUUAGGCGGCUUUGCUUAGAUGUUUUUCCAGGUGCACCAUCAGAAAAUAGUUUAAAGUUACCUGUUAAAUCAUUGCUAACCUUUCUAACCUUAAACUGGAUUUUAGCAGCACACUCUACUGUAGUGCUAAAGAAAACAAUAUUUUCUCAUG